AGACGACGAGGCAAGCGGAAGUCGUAGGGCUGUGGAGGACUGUGAGGAGCCGGGGAAGGAAGUAAAUCGCCGAGUGACCUAAGGAAUCAGGGGGAGGAUUAGGGUCUGCUCCACAGAAGGCUUACCUCUGAAAGAGUCGGGGAGGGAAUGCGCAGCCACUCGCUGCCUUUAUCCCGAGAAGCACCUAACACCCCUCGCCGUGGUCUGUACAUGGUCUGUACCUCCGGCCGCGCUGGCUGGUAGGCCAGCCACCUGGGAUGGCAGCCUAGUUUUCCCGCCACCUUGCCCUGCCCUGACUCUAAUCUGCAUUUAAUUCAGUCCUUCUUCCGGGAGACUCCGGCGGAGAAUUUCAUUCUCGCCUUAGCUACUGAGGUCAAACCUGAAAUAGGCUGUAGACUCCACCAGCUGGGUAAGAAUGGGAAGAAGAUCAGAAAACCUAAACUUUGGUUGAUGGACUAUUUUGCCCAGGCAAAAGCAGGGAAUCUAUGAGGAAUAUGAAGACAUUCGUCGGGAGAACUCUGUUGGCACUUUCCACUGUUCCAUCUGUGGCCUAGGCAUGGCGACUCCCGGCUUUGUGACUCCGGAGGCCCCCUUUGAAUCAUCAAAGCCCCCCAUCUUUGAGGGGCUUAGCCCCACUGUUUACAGCAAUCCAGAGGGUUUCAAGGAAAAGUUCCUUCGCAAGACCCGCGAGAAUCCGGUGGUACCCAUAGGUUUCCUGUGCACGGCGGCCGUCCUCACCAACGGCCUCUACUGCUUCCACCAGGGCAACAGCCAAUGUUCACGGCUUAUGAUGCACACCCAGAUCGCCGCCCAGGGCUUCACUGUUGCAGCCAUCUUGCUGGGUCUAGCUGCCACCGCUAUGAAGUCUCCACCCUGAGCCCAGGGUCUUGAAAACUCUGCAGAAAUCAUUCCAAAACCCAGGAGCAACCACUGGCCCUACUAUGGGACUUACUCUCUCCUCUCCUUUGAGAGGUCCCUGUGUCGUUGGGGGAGGAAGUGACCCUUCCUGUAACCGUAACUGAAAGAUUUUUUCAAAAAUCCCAGAUUCUGUUGUUUGAAUGUUACAUACUUCUAUUUAUGCCACAUCUUCCCUCCACUCCCCUGCUUAAUAAACUCUAAAAA